AUGCUGUCGGCGGCGGGACGGCGAUUCUCGCGAUGUGCUCCGUCGCCGCGGCCGCGUCGGAACUACACGUUUGGCAACAUGCCACCGCCGGCCGCCGUCAACAUCCGCACCAACGACAUGAUCAGUCCGCAGGAACGCAGGUUUUCCAGCCAUCCCAGAGAGCUUUUACCCUGAAGAGUUGCAGGUUCCUGGAAGCGGCCGAGAGAGGAGACAAGCCGACUCUCCAGGACUGCCUCGACUCGGUAUAUUUUUUUCAGUUCUCUUUAAUUUUAUGAUAACUUAUUGUAUAAUGAAACUUCGAAAAUAAAAAUUGAAGGUGAAAAAUGAAAUUAGGAUUUUUUUAUUAGUUUUUGAUAUUUUUUUAUUUAUUAAAAAAAUGUCCCUCAUUGACUUAUGACGCCUCAAAACUGUAAAAUAUGAUUAGUCAGUCAAUCCGAGUCAUUCUUUGAUUGAGCGAGAUUUCAAGGCUUUCAAAAACUUUCCCUCAUUUUUUUCAAAAAAAUCGUCCAUUUUAUCCCAUUUUUUUCAAGGAAAUUUUUAAAUAACAAAAAAAAUUCAACUUUUUUACACAACUUCUUAAAUGCGGUUUUUUUUCGCUUUGAUAUUUUUCCCGUUUCUUCAGAAAGACGGAGAUCUGCCGCUCAACGUGAAUUGCCUGGACUCGAUGGGCCGAACGGCACUCGAAAUCGCGGUGGACAACGAAAAUAUUGAAGUCGGUGGUUUUUUUUUUGUUUUCAACUUGGGAACGCUACUUUAAACACCAAAUUACUAAGAUUGGGUUUUGUAAAAGUUCAGUUUUUGAAUGAUUUUCAGGUUGUCGAACUUUUGCUCCAACAGCCAAACAUCCGCAUUGGCAACGCUUUGCUUUGCGCCAUUCGGGAGGGUAAUUUUUUCGUUUUUGAUUCAAUUUCGAUGCAUUGUUAGUUGAAUCUGAUGAAUUUUUCUGUAAAUCUUGGUUUUUGAAUGUUUUUAUUUACUCUUUGAUAGUCUCAAUGGAUAGUCUAUUCUCCAGGGACAAAAAUAAUAAUAAAAUUUUGGAAUAAGGAGAACACAGUUUACUUUCCGAAAAUCUUCAAGUUCGGAAAAUAAACGUCAAUUUUGAGUCUUUACUGGGAACUAGAGCGCACCAGCUUCGCAUUUCUCUCAAAAACAUAUUUUCGAGUGAAAAGAACUAUAACCGUAAUUUCCAUUUACAAAUUAUAAGUUAAGGAGUCUACCGAAUGGUCGAAAUGCAGGUAAAUCAUCCAAGUAUUACUCGAGAAAUGCUCGGCGACGGUUGGAGCCAACAUCUCGAUCCAGCAGAAGCAGCCAGUGCCGAAUAUUCGAGGUUAGAACUUCCGCAAAAAAGAAAACUAGCAGCGAGUGGUUUCGAUCCACCGACCUCUGGGUUAUGGGCCCAGCACGCUUCCACUGCGCCACGCUGCUCACAUCGUCUGCAGUCAAAUCAAACGACUAUAUUCUCUUUCUCAAACAUAAAUAGAUGCUGGUAUAGACUACGUGGUGAGUUCUCACGCCCAUAUGCGUUCCUGCAACGCGGUUUUUCAUGGAAUAUGCUAUAAAGCGUAUGAGAAAGAGAAUAUACUUGUUUGAACUACUUCAUACGACGUAAGCAGCGUGGCGCAGUGGAAGCGUGCUGGGCCCAUAACCCAGAGGUCGGUGGAUCGAAACCACUCGCUGCUAGUUUCUUUUUGCAGUUUGUUUCUUGACUUGAUAAGUCUAUUUCAGUGAUAUUUCUCCUGUUAUUCUGGCCGCACAACUGAACCAAUUCGAAAUACUUCAGAUGCUGCUCCGUAAAGAUGCGACUAUUGAAAAGCCGCACAGGUUUGGUUAUGUUUUUGAAUUUUAUGGUCCCUGAUUUCCAUUUGAGAACCUUUUGAAGCUUGAAGCUCGCUAAAUCGAAAAAGUCUUUGAUAAGCCAUGAAAAGGCGAGAACAGCCAAUCAAAGACGUUGUUUGGUAGAGCGAACUUGCUUAUAACUUGAAAUAAAAUAUGAAGCCUCGGACAAUGAAUUUCAUGGAAAGCUACUGGCAAACUUGUUGAGAAUUGUCUAUUUCUAAGACCAUUUUAUCGAAAAUUCUUCUCAGACACUCUUGUAUGUGCGAGAUGUGCGACCGAGAAAGGCUCAACGAUUCCCUACAGUACUCCCUCAAAAGAAUAAACACCUAUCGUGCACUCGCCAGUCCUGCCUGGAUGAGCUUGACCAGGUAUUUUUUACUCUGAGCACAAAAAUAAUCUUCAAUAUUCCAUUCGCGAAACUUUUUUUACUAAAGAUGAAUUUAGUAUGGAAUCAAGUUUUAGGUCAAAAAAAAAAAAUGAAACUGAAGAGUCUAACUUGAAAAAUUUUUCCCCAAACGAGUGGAAAAAAACGUCAGUCCUCUGGAGCACACUUUCCUUCAGAAAAGUGUGUCAAUCAAUUUUUUUCGAAAAUCUUUUUCGUUUUUUAACUUCUUCAGACUGAAAACUUUUUCGAAAACUCAGUAGAAAAUUUCGACAUCUUUAGCCCCGAUCCGAUCCUCUCAGCCUUCAAACUCAGCUGGGACCUGCAACGGUUAGCUUUUGAGGAACACGAGUUCAAAAGAAACUUAUCUGCAGGUUUUUUCCUAUUUUAUAAAAUUAUAUAUUUACGUGAAAUUUUAGUUGGCAGAGCAAUGCAAACAGUUUGCUUGCGAUCUGCUCAGUCAGUGUCGGAGCAGCGAGGAGGUCUUUUUGUAACUUUUUGGAACAAUUCUGAACUUUCAAAUCCAGGUUAUCGCUGUCCUCAACAAAGAUGGGAACAUGAAUGACGAAAAUGUCGACGUUUGGGCCUCGAAAUUGUCACUUUCGAGGCUCAAGCUUGCUAUAAAAUACGAACAGAAGGCGGUUUGUGUAGAAUUCUCUCAUUUUUUUUAUUUUUAGAGCUCCAAUUAUUUUAUUCUCAUAAUUUUUUUUUUUCAGUUCGUCUCUCAUCCACACUGCCAACAGCUCCUGACUUCUAUUUGGUUUGUGAAUUUUCAAAAAUAUCAUAACGGAUUUUUAAAGGCGCAGGGCCGAGACUGAGAAAUUCCUUUCAGAGGUGGGAAGCUUGACUCCGCCAUGCGCCUUUAAACAUUUUUUAAAGAUUAAGGAGAUUGAUAAACUAUCCUGAUUUUCAAGCUACAUUUUUUGAGGAAAACAUAGUUUAAUAAAAAGCGCUUUUUCUGUUCCGUAUCCGGAUUCAAAUUAUUUACCUGAAAUAUCUGUAAUUCGUCUCAUUUUUCCAGGUACGAGGGAUUUCCGGGUAGACAACGCCGUGGCUCUGGCUGGAAUAAACUUCUCUGCGUUCUGCUCAUUUUACUGUGGCCCAUCUUUGCCCUAUCUUAUAUUUUGGUAGUGAAGAAGGAGCUGAAAAAUGGUAAAGAUUGUCUGCAGAUGCCGAAAAGUCGCAUCGGAAGAAUAGUUCGAUCGCCUUUCAUGAAGUUUUUGUACUACUCGAUUUCUUUCGGAUGUUUCCUUUUAUUGCUCACAUUAGCCACUUUCGAAGGUUACCGCAGUGAGAAGGGCGAGAAAAAGGUUCAGUUCGUCUAUUUGCCGUAAAUCGAGUUCUCGAAUAUUCUAACUUUGAUAAUUUACUUUUUUUGAUCACAUUCGAUUGGAAAGGUGUAUUUGCUCAAUGCGAAAAAUGAACUAUUUUUAGGUUUCCAAAAAAUUGUAAGAAUUUUUUUCCAUAAAAUUUCUCAGAGUCGAAUAUUUAGGGCGGUGGAACCAUGCGAGCUUCUGACCGGGGUCCUGUACCAACGGGUAUCGAAACGCUGGUUUUUACCUGGGUCAUAGGUAAGUGAAAGUGUUUCUUAUGAGAAAAAAACUUGAUGGAAAUAAAAAAACUCAACAGAUUUAUUCCAAUUUUCUGUUCAACAAAAAAACGAAAUAAUGAUCUGAUUCUCUUGGAUUUUUUUGUUCAAUUUCAUAUUAUUAGGACCAAAAAAAUAGACAUGAAUUGAAUGUUUUUGCUUCAUAGGAAUGUUAUGGUCGGAGAUCAAGCAACUUUGGGAGGAAGGCUUCAAAAAAUACGUCCGACAAUGGUGGAAUUGGCUCGAUUUCAUCAUGAUUUGUCUCUACCUCUGUACUAUUUCGAUUAGGUAAACUUUCGUGGCUUUCAUGAGAAUUUUUUUUUAAACACCUACUUUUUUGGCGUUUUCUGAAAGUCUUUCUCGUUUCCGAAUUGAUCAUUUACAAAUUUUCUUGACCAUAUUUAAAAUUUUUUGUAAAAUUGAGGUUUUUUUUUCAUGGUUCUAUUGAGAAGUUUUCAACUCCUAAUUAAUAUAUUAUUUUUUGAAGACUGGUCGCUUACUACAUAUUUACGUGGCGCGAAGAUCCCCAACGUUUCGCUGUCCGGACCCAAUGGAGGUUUGCCUCGGGCGCUCCUUCAAGUCGUUUCAUGUCGGCUGCAGGUCCGAGGAGCCGAUGUUGGUCGCCGAAGCUCUUUUCGCCGUUGGAAACGUCUUUUCCUUCGCGAGAAUCAUCUACCUCUUCCAGACGAAUCCGUACUUGGGGCCUUUGCAAGUCGGUUUUUCUCCUCUGCAUUUUUUUUGUGUCGUUUAUGUAUAAUUUUCACGUCAUUUUUAGCAGAAAUGAAAGACUGAAGAAACUUUUUGCGGUCUUUAUGCAGUCUCUUUCUCACUUGAUUGGCUUUUCGAACAUUGUCUGACCAAGGGACGCUUUUUAGACCCGGCUGAACUUUUAAUGAAAAAUUGCUGAAAUUCACGUUACCACCUUCUACUCCAGAAAAAAAAGUUUCACGCUAUAGAUCUUUCUUUUAUUUAUCAAGCUUCAAAGCUUGAAAAACCGCAAAUGAUGAAAAAAGCAUUAUUUCAAGCUGUUGAAGCGCUUGAACUCAAAAACGAGAUCUAUUUUGUGAAUUUUUUUUUUGGAUUCAGGUGGUCCUAAAAGUUUACUUCAGCAAACUUACAUCAAAAGUUUAGUUGCGGCUGAAAAAAGUUCUCUAGUGGAUUUUCAAGCGAAAAAAAAUGAUGUUUCUCCAGAUUUCACUCGGGUGCAUGCUGGUCGACGUCGCCAAGUUCUGCUUCAUUUUCGUUCUGAUCAUCAGCAGCUUCAGCAUCGGGCUGGCUCAGUUAUACUGGUGAGUUUCCGUCAUUUUGUAGGUUAUUCACAACUAAUUUUGGCCGAGUUUGCAUUACUAGGAGUAUAUGAUAGAACUGUGGGGAUAGAACUAGCGAGUGGAGGAAUACAAAUUUUGACAUCUUUUUAUAACUUUUUUGAGCUUUUUUGGUCUCUAGUCUAUUCAGUAUGAAGUAAAUUUUAACUUUCGGUCCGUAAAUUGUUCACCGGUUUUUUCUAGGUACUACGAUCCGGACACCGACGUCUGCCUACCUGGCGCCGUCUGCCGCAGAACUUCCAACGUCUUCUCUUCGUUCGUUCUCCGACUUCUGAUAUUUAAAUGGAGGAAAAAGUUCAGAAUCGCUGACUCCUACCUCACGCUUCUCUGGUCUCUCUUCUCUAUCACUAAACCUGAAGAUACUGACGUCAUCGAGGUAAGAUCAAUGACAACAAAAAAAGAAGUUUGAAGCGUUUUAUCUCAUUUGCCAUGAGUUGAAACAGUCUGACUUGUGUCCAUCUCUUUUCCAUCGAUAGAAAAGUUAUAGAAACAUGAAAAUAGCAAUCGACGCAGAGAAAGAAGACUGUUUCAAGUUGUGGUAGAACUAUUACUUUGAAGAAAUUCAAACAAUCUUCAUAUGAUGCGGUGAUUUCGAAAAGUAAAAACAUGCAUAAAUUUCAUUAAUUUUUAACUAAAUUUGACGUGUUCCUUGUUUUUUAUUCGGAGGAAAAGUUUAAAAAGAAAGAUAUUUUGGUUUCCUUAUUGAGUGGUUUACCUGAAAGUCAUCGCGCCUGACCAAUGAGAACGGAUUAUCUUGUCUUUUUUUGAGUCCUUCAUACUUAUAUAGAACUCGAUUGAUUUUAAAAGAAAAGUUUCAAGUUUAUUUGGUGAAAUGAUCGUUCUGGUUUUCCAGAAUCACCAAAUAACGCAGUGGGUCGGCCAGGGAAUGUUCAUCAUGUAUCACUGUACCUCGAUCAUCGUCCUGCUCAACAUGCUCAUCGCCAUGAUGAGCCAUUCCUUUCAAAUCAUCAAUGUCAGUUUUUCAAUCAAACUUUCCUAAAGUUAGAUAGAAUUAAAAAAGAAAGUGUGCCCUAAUUAGUCUCGAACUUCACAAUUUUUUUUAAAUAAGUUUUUGAAUCAGUUUUGGAAAAUUUCUUUGUGAUGAACUUCAGUUCAGUACAAUCAUUAAAUUAGAGCGAUGCAAACGUUGAACUAUUGGACUCCAUUUGAACAUUUUAACUUGAGAGUGAUGCAGGGAGUUUUUGAGAAAAUAAUUUUGAUGAAUAGAAGUUUUUUAAGACACUGCUCGAUAUUAUCAUAGGAGUGCAAAAUUUAAGCUGUUCUAGAUUUUUCUUAUUUAUUCUACCGAAGAUUUCCCUUUUUGAACGUUUCAUCUAUUUUUUUCGGUACUCUCAUAGAUAUUGGGAUAUUACUCUCGAAGUGAACUUCCAGGACCACGCCGACUUGGAAUGGAAGUUCCACAGGACCAAACUCUGGAUGGCUCAUUUUGACGAAGGAUCCAGCUUGCCGCCGCCGUUCAACAUCGUCGUCACACCCAAGGCAAUGUUGAAAAGGAUAUAAUUCGCAAUUAUUUUUCGCAAAGUUUCGGAAAAAGGGCUAAUUUGAAAUUUUUUUUUAAACCCUAAAACCAAGAAUUUCUCGCAUUUCAGUUAAUUUCGAGUUAUUUUUCAGGCCAUGGUCUACGCUAUCAUUUGGUUCUACAACACUAUCCGAUGGCUUCUCGGCAAAUACACCUACACGAAAAACCGCAAUCGCGCCACGAUUCGAGUUCGUUUUUAGGUUUCGAAAACGCGAGGAGAAAAUGAGAUAAAAGUCCAAUGUCGUUCCUAUUUUUCCGUACAUUGAAGAGAUUAACUUCAAUCUAGUUUUGAAAACACAUAGUUUGUUAGGGACUUUUCAAGGAGGAUGUUUUUACUCAUCUUAUGAGCUCACGACUUUUUUCUCUCUUUCGGAAAUGUUGACAACUUUGCAGCGCCCAGGCUACUCAAGGAAACGGAACGAAAUGGAAAAAAGCGGUCAAGACGAGGAAAGUUCGGUGAAACCGUUGACCUAUGCCGAUAUCAUACAGCGACUUGUCGCCAGGUUUCACUGAUUUUUCGGUUCUCUUUUUCCUGAACUUCGACUUCCCAGAUUCAUCCAUCAGACGAAGAAGGAAAUGAAAAUGGACGGUGUGAAUGAGGACGAUUUGCUUGAGAUCAAGCAAGAUAUCAGUAGUUUGAGGCGAGUUUUCAUUCAUUUUGAGAAGCUUUUCCGUAAUGAAGUUAUUUAAUAUAUCUAGAUUCUGAAAAUCCUGUUUCUAAAACUUCCCGAGAAACAAAAUGAGAUUAUUUUUUUUUGAGUUCCAUCAUAAUCAGCAAAGGAUUCAUAGAUAUUCGAGACGAGAAGAAAUAUGCUUUUACGCUCAUUCUGCAAAAAAUAUUUCCUUCGAUGUUUGAAAUCUCAAGCCAGCCGUAAAUUGGAAAAUUCUUUCAAAAUUCACGUUUUUUUCCAUUGAUAAGUACCGGUGGAAACUCAAAAAAAAACAUUAAAUUUAUCUUGGGUCAUGUUCAAAAAGUUUGAUUUGACGGUAGGCGAAUUUUCGUAUUCAAACAAUUUAGCCCUUUUUGGAUGCCUUUGUAUCAGGCCGGAGGUCUUUUUUUUUUUGCUUUUUAGAGUCUCAGGGCUGAAAAUUGCGCUUUACUGCUCUCAAGGCUUCAAAAACUUCUUCAUUAAAAAAAAUUGGGUUUCAUUUUUAUUCCAAUUUUUGAGUUUGCAAUUUUGUCGGAUUACAGAUAAGGUUUUUAAGGGUUUUUUUUAAUGGAACAAUUGUGUGUUUCAGAUACGAACUCCGCGACGAUCGCCGACGCGAAAUCGUCCGAAGCUCGUCGCACAUCGACGCUGUCAAGCGGGACAUUAUGAGAACGAUGAGCACCACCAGGUUUCUUUUUCCUUGUUCCAUCUUUUUUUUUUCGUACCGCAGUUUCUUCGGGGGAAAAAAGGUCAAAGUAUAAAAUUUUUUCCUUGAAGUUAUUAUUUUUUUUUUCAAUUCGAUCAAAAAUCAUGAAUAGGUGUCAAUAAAUUAAAUGAAGCUCUUAGCUAUUAGAAGCCGAUGAAUAUGUUUUUCAAACCCUUUUCGUGUAUUGAGCUCUAAAAAUUUGAGCUCGAUUUUAUAUGUUUCGAAAUUUUUUAAAAGUCCUUCCACAGCCGACGGGUGCUUGGCGGAAGCGUCCGACUGCCGCGCCACAGAUCUUCGGUCGCCGAGGAGAGCGGCGAGGAAUCCGAAGCCACCGACGACAGCGACUGUCAGAACGACGAACCGUUCGUCCUCAGCCAGAGUUCCUCCACGUCAGUCGUCAUUCAGGUCUCGAAAGUCGUCGCUGUACACGCCGCCGGUGAACUCGGCCCUGCCGGAGAUCGUGAGCAUCAGUCCGCCCUCAAGACCGAGCAGACGCAGGGUCAGCGACGGCGGAAAGCAGCGACCAAGGGACACCUCGGGAGUCCGAAGUGCUGCCGAGGCUGUAAGUUCUCUCCAGAAAUCAUAUCUUUCUUCAAUCUCUCAUUCAUUAUUCACUUUUUGUUCCAGAUCAACGUGAACCCUAAUAAGUUCAGUUCAAUCUUUAAUUAUAGAAAAAAAAAGAAAAUAAAACACUUAAUUAGUUGACUUUCGGUUGGAGGAAUAAGUGAGAAAAGUGAAAUUGUCCAGUAACUUUUUUUAGGCUAGAGAUGAUGGCUGAACUGGAAUUUGGUUGUAAGUUUGUUCCAAAUUUGAAUGUUUUCGAAAAAAAAGUAUUUGAGAAGCCAGUCGAAGUGGAAUUCGUCUAAAAAUUGAAUAAGAGGGAAAAAUGAAAAAGAUUCAAGUUAAGAGGAAUUUUCCUCAUUUUCCUCACUAGGGAACUACUCGGACUCGGGUACGCGGAUCGAGUUCAAACUUUAAUGGUUUAUAGAACUAAGGGAGAAUACUUAAAAAAACAAGUGAGAAUAUCUGCUAAACCCAAUAGAGAACUGAGAAAAAAUUAGUAGAAAAUGGGAAAAUUUUCAGAAUACUGUUUUUUACCUUGUUUUAUAUUUUAAUACAAUCGCCUUGAAUAAUCCGGCUAUGAAAAGUUCUAAAAAACUUUUUUCCAGCCAAAAGAAGGAGGAAAACAGAAAUUUGAUAAUUUGCAAGCCUAAAAUGUUCAUUUUCAAAAAGCUUUUUCUCAGAAGCCUAUGGGGUUUAGCAGAUAAUCUCUCUUGUUUCCAAGUACUCUUACCCGGGUCUAUAAGCCACCAAAUUUUCAACUCGAAACGGGUACCCGAGUCCGAGUAGUUCCCUAGUCAGAAAGGCAAAAUUGAAAAUGCUUCUCUUUUCUCUAAUAAGUUAUUUUCCUUGGCCGAAAAUUGAUUUCUUCCAGGCAAUCAAAACGGCCCACUCGGCGCUCCGGAAAACGGACACUUCCUUCAGUUUUCCUAUGCAGGAACCGCUCGGCAAGCCGCCGCGUGGAGUUCUGAGGUAUUUUUUUAUAAAGAAAAACCUCUUUAAAAAUCAAAGGAACUUAUAAUGAUUUUUUUAUAUCUCGUUUACUUUUUUUCUCCCACUCAUUAAACUUCAGCCUUCAGAAAGGUUAUGAAUUUUUUUAGGAUUAUAAUAUUGAAAUCUACAACUUAAAAAAAUAGCUGAAAAGUUUUUAAAAUAAGAAAAGUUCAUUAUUUCUGUCUAUGGAUGAAUAAUGAAUUUUCUAUGUGAACGAUUCGAAAUAUUAUUUGAUGAAAUAAUCAGAGAAGUCAUUCCAGACACACACCGGAACAGCAUCACGACUCGCUGACGGCAAUAGAAAUCUUAAGAAAAGACCUCAAUGACCGUCUCGACUGCCUCAUCGCCAACAUUUCAGGCAGCGACGUCGUCAACCCCAAGAGCCCAGGUUUGUGUCGACUGUUGCAACAAUUCAUAUCAUUUCACGAUUUCGAGCUUCUCCAGGAGGCCACGUUGGAUUCCGAUAG